GCCUUCUCGUAUAAAAGAGGAAUAUGCACCCAUUAAAAUAAAUACAAUAGGAAAUAUUGCGCUAUAUUCGAUAUUUAUCAAUAAAUCAUGGUCAUUUUUGACAUAGCGUAGUCAGUUAAAUAUCCCAUUAUAACCACUUCCGGUUAUUCCCGAGGGAUACUCGUCGUGACCGCGGCCAAAGUUCACCGCCAUCGGAGAAUAAAGGAGAGGAUAGAGAGGAUAUAUAUAUUUAUGUCUACACUUCUGACAUCAGUGAAAAACAAAAGAGUAUGAGUCAGAAGACGGAGCGUCGCGGCAUCCAUGUGGACCAGUCGGAGCUGCUGUGCAAAAAGGGAUGCGGUUACUACGGAAACGCCGCCUGGCAGGGCCUGUGCUCCAAGUGUUGGAGGGAGGAGUACCAGCGGGUUCGGCAAAAGCAGAUCCAGGACGACUGGGCCCUCGCUGAAAAGCUACAGCGGGAGGAGGAGGCGGCCGCGUACGCCAGCAGUCAUGGCGCGCCAGCUCAGACCCAGUCCGCGCCGCCCACAAACACCUCACUCGGACCCUUCUCCAAGUUUGAGGAGAAGAAGACCAACGAGAAGACACGGAAAGUGACGACGGUCAAGAAGUUCUUCAGCCCGUCGUCCCGCACCGCUCCCAAGAAAGAAUCUCCCGAGGUGAAGACGACAAGUCCCUCCAUCAGCCGCCAUGCUAGACUGGACUUGGACUCGGACCAGGUCUCCAGGGACUUUGUCGAGUUUUUGAGGAGCCUUCAGCGGCCGGGCCGAGAGAUCCACAAACAGAGUCGGAGCUUCCUUGUCAGCAUGUCCGGCAAGAAGGACCUGAAUGCGGAAGAACUCUCAGAGUGUGUUCAGGACUUCUACCAGAACAUGGCGGACCGCCUGACGAGUCACUUCAAAGGUUCCUCAGAGGACGUGGAGCAGGUGAUGGACCAGGUGGAAAAGUACAUCAUGUCUCAUUUGUACAAAAGCGUUUUCUGCCCGGAGACCUCUGACGACGAGAACAAGGACCUGGCCAUGCAGAAUAGGAUCAGAGCUCUACACUGGGUCAACAUCCACAUGCUCUGUGUGCCCAUGGACCAGGAAAUACCACAAGUGUCUGACAACGUGCUCAAAGCCAUAACAGACAUCAUGGAGAUGGACUCCAAGAAGGUUCCCAGGGACAAACUGGCGUGCGUCACACGCUGCAGCAAGCACAUCUUCGCCGCCAUCAGGAGCACCAAGAGCGAGCCGGCGUCGGCGGACGACUUCCUGCCCGCCCUCAUUUACGUGGUCCUGAAGGCCAACCCGCCAAGACUGCAGUCCAACAUCCAGUACAUCACACGCUUCUGCAAGCCCAGCAGGCUGAUGACGGGGGAGGACGGAUACUACUUCACUAACCUGUGCUGUGCGGCGGCCUUCAUCGAGAAGCUGGACGCUCAGUCCCUCAACCUCACCCCAGAGGAGUUUGAGUCCUACAUGUCGGGUCAGUCCUCGCCGCGGUUCCCCGACCCCGCCGCCCUCGACUGGCGUCACGGCGGCGCUCCGGCGGACCCCGCCGCGUCCCCGAGCCCCGCCAUGGCCCGGCUCCGCCGCAACCUGGAGCUCCUGUCGGACCUCUGCGGCCGCCAGGAGUCGCUGACGCAGGCGGCCGUGCGGCUGAGGGCGGAGCUGCUGGGUUGGCGUGACGACGUGCGGCGAGAAGUGCAGCACGCCGUGGAAAAACACCCGCUCACCGUGCGGGGCUGCAACCUGCCAAACAUGGCCGACGACAACGUGGACAAUGACCUGCUGCCCCCGCCCCUCCUGCCGCAAGUCUUUGCUGGGUAACACACACACACACACACACACACACACACACACACACACACACACACACACACACACACACACACAGCAACGUGUGUUUGGUGUUCAAUGAUUAACUUCACCCAAGUUCUCACUGCUGAACAUCUUCACCACUUCACUCAAAAGUCAACAAAGGUGUCAUUAUCGAUAUCGAUAUCAGUCGAUAUCAGUUAUCGGUCGAUAUCAUAAAAAACAAACACAUUUGAUGAUAUCAGUUUGUCUUUAAAUUGUCCAACACGAGCUCACAAGGUUGGUCUUUUCUUCCAUUUUAGUCAAUCAUUUACAACAGGUGCACUUGCCAAGUUGCUAGGCUACAGGCUACUAUGAGUUAGCAGCUACACAUCAGCUAAGCACACAAUAGCACGCAAGCUAGACAUAAUAAUAAUCGAACAAUAUUGCCGUCUAAAAUGUGUCAAUAUAAACAAGUUUAAAAAAAUAUAUAGUUGCAUAUACAAAAUCUCCAAGGCCGAAGCCUGUUGGAAAGUAUCCAGUAACAAACGUGUCCGCAUCAUAUACGCUUGAAUUUAUAAAUCAUUGUGGCCACCAGGUGUCACCAAAGGAACAAUUACCACACCGCUUCAACGCAGAGAGAGCAUAACCCAGCAGACACAAGACAUUGUGAUGCAACGUUGAUUAUACGUACACGUCCUUUAAAACUGACGUUGAACCUGUUCCCAAUUAGCCUGCUCACCUGUGGGAUGUUCCAAAUAAGUGUUUGAUGAGCAUUCCUCAACUUUAUCAGUAUUUAUUGCCACCUUUCCCAACUUCUUUGUCACGUGUUGCUGGCAUCAAAUUCUAAAGUUAAUGAUUAUUUGCAAAAAAAAUAAAAAGUUUAUCAGUUUGAACAUCAAAUAUGUUGUCUUUGUAGCAUAUUCAACUGAAUAUGGGUUGAAAAAGAUUUGCAAAUCAUUGUAUUCCGUUUAUAUUUACAUCUAACACAAUUUCCCAACUCAUAUGGAAACGGGGUUUGUACUUAGUGUACACACAUGUACUCCAAGUGUACUUUGGCCUACAUGUGUACUUGUAUCGCAGAACAUUUUCAAAUGAAAACAAAGAAUGAAAAGAAGAAUAUUGCCCAAUAAGGAGUCUUCACACAUGUUUGACUCAUUUAUUAAUAUAUAUAUAUAUAUAUAUGUAUGUGUGUGUGUGUGUGUGUGUGUGUGAUACUUUUGCUGACACGUGACUUUUUGUGUGAUUUCCUCCUCCUUGUGCACGAUGGUGAGAGAAAAAAAAAAAGAAGCCAUUUUAAAGGGCAGUCAUGUGACAAAAGUCAUUGCUGACCUUCUGGAACAUUCCACUAACGACUUUGCAUCCUUUUGGUCGGCACACACAGCAGAAAUAAAGAAAUACAUCAAUCAUA